AUGAAGGCUGCUGCCUCCGCAGAUGCAAACUGCAGCAGCAGCCCGCCCUCGGACCAGCAGCCAGACGCAGCAGCAGCAGCAGCUGCUGCUGCUGCUGCUGCUGCUGCUGCCCCCUUACUAGAUGCAGCGCAGCAGCUGGGCCCCCAGCAGCCUGCUGCUGCUGUGGAGCAGCUGCAGCAGCACAUUGCAGUUCUGCCCCCGGUGAUGCUGCUGCCCAGCGUGGCCGCGCCGUCACCAGCAGCAGCAGCAGCAGCAGCAGCAGCAGCAGCAGCAGCAGCAGCAGCAGCAGCUCCUGCUGCUGCUGCUGCCCCGCACACACCGCAGCAAACAACUGUAGACACGCUCUGCACCCGUUCAGAGGAGACUUUUUUUUGGCAGCGGCCGCCGCAGGAGGAGGAGGAGCAGCAGCAGCAACAGCAGCAGCAGCAGCAGCAGCUGCAGCAGCAGCAACAGCAGCAGUUGCAGCAACAGCAACAGCAGCAGUUGCAGCAGCAGCAACAGCAGCAGCUGCAGCAGCAGCAACAGCAGCAGCUGCAACAGCAGCUGCAGCUGCAGCAGCAGCCGCGGCAGCAGCAGCGGGGUUGCAAGGACAUCGAGUUCCCGCAGCACGUGCAGCAGCAGCUGCAGCAGCUGCAGCUGCAGCAGCUGCUGCAGCUGCAGCAGCACCUGCAGCAGCAACUGGAGCUGAUGGGCGGGCAGCAGCACUCUGAACAGGAUAGCAACUUAGUAAAGGACUUCCAGCAGAAGCUGCUGCUGUGCCAGCUGCAGCAGCUGCUGCAGAGCAGCGCAGCAGCAGGGGGCCCCCAUUUGGCCUUGGGGGGCCCCCCCAGCAGCAAGCAGCAGGGGAAGCAGCGGCAGCAGCGUAGACAGCGGCAGCACAGACGCCGGCAGCAGCAGCCGCAGCAGCAGCAGCAGCAGCAGCAGCAGCCUCUACAGCCGGCGCGGCAGCAGCAGCAGCAGCAGCAGUUCGGAGCAGCAGAAGAAGCGCUGCUGAUGCUGGUGGAUGCGCCAGAAGCAGACUCUUGGAAGGGCCAGCAGCAGCAGCAGCAGCAGCAGCAGCAGCAGCAGCAGCAGCAAGAGCAGCAGCAAGUAGAGAAUGUGAGCAGCCGCCCAGACCAGCUGCAGGUGGUGCAGCGCUUGCUGCCACUAGCGCAGAUGCUGCAGCGGCAGGAGCAGCAGCAGCAGCAGCAGCAGCAGCAGCAGCCCGGCGCCAGCAGCAGCAGCAAAAAGGACCCCAACCGCCGCAGCAGCAGCACGGUGAGCAGCGGCACUGCAACGGCGCCGGGCAGCUGCAGCAGCACGGGCGGCCGCAGCAGCACGAGCAGCUUGUCUGCGUCUGCUGCGCUGCCUGCUGCUGCUGCUGCUGCAGCUGCUGCUUCGAACAGGGCCAGCAGCAGCGGCAGCAGCAGCAGCAGCAGCGCAGCAGCGCCUGCAGACGUAGCUGACGUGCUGCCGCUGCUGCUGGACAUGAGCCUCGGGGUGAAGCCGGCAGCAGCAGCAGCAGGGCCGGAGGCAGCAGCAGCAGCGCAGCCGCAGCCGCCCGCAGCAGCAGCAGCCCGCGAAGCAGCAGCAGCAGCAGCAGCGCCUGCAGCAGCGCCUGCAGCAGCAGCAGCAGCGUCAGCGCCCGCGGACUUAGCUGCUGCUGCUCGCGGGCCCCCCGCAGCAGCAGGCUGCGGGCGGAGCCACAGCCACUCGGGCCCCAGCAGCAGCAGCAGCAGCAGCAGCAGCAGCAGCAGCAGCAGCAGCAGCAGCAAGCCGCGGCCCUCGCUCUCGCUGCCCUCGCUGCAGCAGCGCAUGCAAAAAACCAAAAUGUCGCAGCAGCAGCAGCAGCAGCAGCUGCAGCUGCACCAGCAGCAGCUCCAGCAGCAGCUCCAGCAGCAGGAGCAGCUGCAGCAGCAGCUCCAGCAACUCCAGCAGCUGCAGCAGCUGCAGCAGCUGCAACAGCAGCAACAAGCCCUGGUAGAAGACUGGCAACACGCAAGAAGCCUCGGAGGCCGUGGCAGCAGCAGCAGCAGCAGCAGCAGCAGCAGCAGCAACGGCGCAGCAGGCGAGGGCGGGUGGGAGCUGAGGCCCCCCCAGGGCCCCGUAGAAACCCCCACGGCGCUGCAGCAGCUGCUUUCAUAUGUGCUGCAGCAGCAGCAGCAGGGCCGUUUUGAUGCAGCAGCAACAGUUGCUCUAAUAGAAUCUUUGGGGGCCCCUGGCUUUUUGCCGGAUCCGCUCAGCAGCAGCAGCAGCAGCAGCAGCAGCAACGCGGCGCUGCUGUGCGCAGCAGCAGCAGGAGGCUGGCUCCCUGCUGCUGCUGCCUUGGCCGACCCCGCGACGGCGCCUGCUGCUGCAGCGCAGCAGCAGGGGCCUCUAGACAUUGCAGCAGCAGCAGCUGCUGCUGCUGCUAUGGUUGGCGCGGCGGGCACUGCAGCCCAGCAGCAGCAGCAGCAGCAGCAGCAGCAGCAGCAGCAGCAGCCGAAGCUGCGGCUGCCGCCGCCGCCUGCAGCUGCAGCCCUGGGUGUGGCGGGCGCAGCAGCAGCUGCGCCGCUUUUGGCGCCCCCGGGCUCCCCCCGCAGCUGCAGCAGCAGCAGCAGCAGCAGCAGCAGCAGCAGCAGCAUAGAUCUGAAGCAGCUCGGAGGACUGCCCCAGGAGUUCUCCUCAGAGUCUUCCACCAUUUGUCCUUUUUCCGCAACGACGGCUUCGGCCCAAAGCAACAAAGACGCCAAAUAA